UUUUUUUUUUUUUUUUUUUGCAAAGGCAUAGUCAAUACAGUUGCAUGCACAUUUGUUUACUUCAAACCAUCAACACAGUCUCAGGAGCACAGCCAUUUCAGAGUUCUCUUGUGUCCCUUUGUCCUUUCUCCCAGCACAUGUCUUCUCAUCCACAAGCAACCACUCAUCUCUUUUCUGUCACUAGGACUGAGGUGUAGCUCAGUGGGUAAGUGCUUGCCUGGCAUGCAUUAAACCCAGCCCUGGGGUGCGGCAGGAAGCAGUAACAAUGAAAAGGACAAGAAUGUUGUGUUUCUUGGUCACACAGCAAACACUGCUUCCUUUUACACAGCACUGCACUGUGAGGCUCCCUCGUGCUAACCUUGAAUUGAUGCGUCACCAGCUCAUUUCCUUUGCGUUGCUAGGCAUUUUUCUACUGUAGAAAAUUCCUAUUACUAUACUACUAUGUUCAGUUAUUGAUAGCUGUCAAUUUUAGUUAGACUUCAGUUGUUACAAAAAAUCUUUUGCACUCCUAUCCCCACCCCAAGGCAUGGAGGGCAGAGUGCUUUAUUUAUGUAUGUAAUGUGACUGGCGUGCAAGACAUGCUGUUUUAUUUGUUAAGCUUUUAGGAAUUUUGAACAUCUUCCCAUGAAUGUUGGCAGCUGCUGGCCAUGUCUGCAUUUUAGAUGCCCAAGAUCGUGUAGUAUCAAGGAAAGGUUAAACCAUAGGUAGAAAGAGGAGACAAAAUCUGGUAUUCAGCUAAGCAGCUCAGGUGACCUUCCCCGGGGUGGUCCCUGGGGAUGGAGGGGAGAUACUGAGCAGGAAGGUUUGACAGAUCCCGCUGAUAGGUUUUCCUCACUGGAAAACGUCUGAAGUGCACUGAAUGAAAGCUAGGUAUGUAGCCUUGUACAGAGAAGGCUUUCAGCCACACUUACAUGUUAGCUGAUGAGUAAAAGGCUUAUCGGCCUCCGCACAGGCAGGUUGCUAUGGCUCAGGUGUCUGAAUUCUAGAACCUCAGAUGCAUUGAAUUCUGAAUCAGUUUUGUUGGAUGACCUUGGCCAACUUUCUUUUCCUGUGCAAUUCUCAGUUUCCCCAUUGGUAAAAUGGGGAUAAUAAUAAGUUCAGUAUGGAUGAGUCAUCGUGAAUAUUCACAUGAGAACAAUUUCUUCUGGAUCUGCCUCAGUCCUGACACACAGCAGCUCUGGAAAUAGCUUAAAACGCCCAGACACCACAGAGUCACUGAAUUCCUCCAUGUCCAAUGGCACAAGCGAUGCUGAUCUUUUUGACUCCCAUGACGACAGAGAUGAAGAUGGGGAGGCAGGGUCAGUGGAGGAGCACAAGAGCGUUAUCAUGCACCUCUUAUCCCAGGUCAGGCUCGGCAUGGACCUCACAAAGGUAGUUCUUCCAACAUUUAUUCUCGAGAGAAGAUCUCUGUUAGAAAUGUAUGCAGACUUUUUCGCACAUCCCGACCUGUUCGUGAGCAUUAGUGAUCAGAAGGACCCCAGGGAUCGGAUGGUUCAGGUUGUGAAAUGGUACCUCUCGGCCUUCCAUGCAGGAAGGAGAGGAUCAGUGGCCAAAAAGCCGUACAAUCCUAUUUUGGGUGAGAUCUUUCAGUGCCACUGGACGUUGCCGAAUGAUACUGAAGAGAAUGCAGAGCUCGUUUCAGAAGGGCCGGUUCCCUGGGUGUCUAAGAACAGUGUAACAUUUGUGGCUGAGCAAGUUUCCCAUCAUCCGCCCAUUUCAGCCUUUUAUGCUGAGUGUUUUAACAAGAAGAUACAAUUCAAUGCUCAUAUCUGGACUAAAUCAAAAUUCCUUGGGAUGUCAAUUGGGGUACACAACAUAGGUCAGGGCUGUGUCUCGUGUCUGGAGUAUGGUGAGCACUACAUCCUCACGUUCCCCAAUGGCUAUGGAAGGUCUAUCUUGACAGUGCCCUGGGUGGAAUUAGGAGGAGAAUGCAGUAUUAACUGCUCCAAAACUGGCUACAGUGCAAAUAUCGUCUUCCACACCAAGCCGUUCUAUGGCGGCAAGAAGCACAGAAUUACUGCAGAGAUUUUUUCUCCAAAUGACAAGAAAUCCUUCUGCUCAAUUGAAGGGGAAUGGAAUGGCAUCAUGUAUGCAAAAUAUGCAACCGGGGAAAAUACUGUCUUUGUAGACACCAAGAAGUUGCCUAUAAUCAAGAAAAAAGUGAGGAAGUUGGAAGAUCAGAACGAGUAUGAGUCCCGAAGCCUUUGGAAGGAUGUCACUUUCAAUUUAAAAAUCAGAGACAUUGAUGCAGCAACGGAAGCAAAGCACAGACUUGAAGAGAGACAAAGAGCAGAAGCGCGAGAACGGAAGGAGAAGGAAAUUCAGUGGGAGACGAGGCUCUUUCACGAAGAUGGAGAAUGCUGGGUUUACGAUGAACCUUUACUGAAGCGUCUUGGUACUGUGAAGCAUUAAGCUGAACCGAGUUCACCGGGUGACCAGGGCAGUAGGCGUAACUAAGCAACAAUCGAUCUUCAGGAGAACUUGUCACUUCCUUCUUAAUGCGGUGGUUCCUAUCUCAGGGAUACUGGACUUGACACAGAUGAACAAUUAAAGUGGAAAGCGCUUCCCUUUUCUCCUCUGUGGCAGUUACAAUUUUGACUUCAGGCCUGAGAAAAACUUCAGGUUUCGAAACAUGAUGUCUCCUCCUUUUCCAGGUCCCAUGCUUUGAAAAAUAUUUACAGAGUCCCAGGUCUCUGCUCCAGUCCUCCAGUUCUGCUGUUCAGGCCUAAAUCCUCAUCUCCUAGUUCAUAUAAUCUUGAGUUCUAGAUACAAACACACAACAGCUGGCAGUUUUUCACAAGAACGCCCACCUGUACAUACUGUUUCCUCAGAGUUGUCUAGAAAAUCAGUGCAAUGUAUGAGAAUCAAGUGUUAGGGAAUCUCAUGGUCCCACCUAUGACCUUUCUUUUAGAAUUGAACUAUGAUUAGAUUGUAUCUAAACCUGAAGUAUAAUUAUAUGCAAUGCUUCUUAAAGCUUCAUAAAAUAAUUUUCCAACCUUUUUAAAAA